AUGAGUUCACCUUGGCCGUUUGUAGCUUGGGGCAUGGAUGUCAUCGGUCCAAUAGAGUCAGUCGCCUCAAACGGAGCUUGGGGCAUGGAUAUCAUCCGUCCAAUAGAGCCAGCCGCCUUUAACGGACACAGAUUCAUUUUGAUUUUUAUUGACUAUUUCACCAAGUGGGUAGAAGCAGCUUCGUAUAAGUCGGUGACCAAGAAGGUUGUAGUUGAUUUUGUUCGUAACAAUUUAAUAUGUAGGUUUGGAGUACCAGAAUCCAUUAUCACCGAUAAUGGAGAGAAUCUCAAUAGUCACUUGAUAAGAGAGAUAUGUAAACAAUUCAAUAUUAUUCACCGGAACUCAACCGCCUAUCGUCCCCAUAUGACUAGAGCUGUAGAAGCCGCCAACAAGAACAUAAAGAAUAUUCUGAGGAAAAAGAUUGACAAUCAUAGAGGUUGGCACGAGAUAUUGCCAAAUGCUUUGUUGGGAUACAGAAUGAUUGUCAGAACGUCAAUUGGAGCUACUUCAUACUUGUUAGUAUAUGGAACAGAAGCAGUUAUACCUGCCGAAGUUGAGAUACCUUCCUUGAGAAUUAUCCAAGAAGCUGAAUUGAGUGAUGUAGAUUGGGUUCGCAAGCGGAUUGAUCAGCUAACAUUUAUUGAUGAGAAAGAUAAUAAUUGA